AUGGCCGCUAUACUCGCAUCUUCCGAGUCUCAGACACCUCUUCACCCCUCUGGACUCGCUGCAAGUUAUUUCCCUCGUCUCCAGCUCUUUCUUGGUGAAAUAGGGUAUCGUCAUGGGGCCCCUCCUCAUCCCAAUCUUGUUUUCCUUCAGUCCUUCCAUGAGUGGUUCCAUUCCACUUUAGGUCCCAUCUUAGGCUGGAAUGCUGAAAAAUUGGACAACAUCGAAUGUGCCACUGCAAGUUUUGGCGAAAGAGCUUACCCCUUCACAGGCACAGAAAUGUGUCUGUUGAUAGCAAAAAUGACGGCCACAGCCAUGGCCAUCGAUGACUUGGUGGAUGACGACAACUUUUAUGCCGAGAUGCUGAGAUUCACACACAGGAUCUAUGUUGGCGAAGCUCAACCACACGCCUUGCUCACUAUUCAUCAAGAAUUAAUAAAAGAGAUGGCUAAUGCAUAUACUAGUACAUCUGAUGGAGAUGCAAUACUUACCGGAAUCGCAGCAGCAUCUUGGACCGGAUUCAUUGAUGGUUGCUUGGUAGAAAAGAGGAUGAUGAGGGGUGUCAAGCCAGAGGCUGUCUCGUCACAUUAUCAAUGUUUUCCGGAGCGCUCGGAUGACCUCAAGCAUGUACAUAUCGAGCAAAAUCAAGUUCCUUUUCUCAUGGAAGGGAGCGCCAUUGAGUUCCCAGCGUACCUCCGCAGCAAAACUGGUGCAGGCGAGGCGUAUGCUGUUGCCGUUUUUAAAGCCAAGAGAUGUCAGAUUUUACCAUUGGAAAAAGUCCUCAAAGCCUUACCUGAUAUUGCACUAUUUAUUUGUUUCACGAACGAUAUCAUGUCUUUCCACAAAGAGCAACUCGCCGGUGAAAGAUGCAAUACGAUUCACCUCCGCACUCGGGCUAUCCAAUCUGCCUCUUCGCACAACGAUGGGGGCUCAUCCGGGACGUGGUCGCUGAUGGACACGUUCAACCUCGUGUGCAACGAAGUAAGGGAUGCCACACUUCGCGUUGAUGCAUUGUUGCGCGUGGAGGAGAUUGAAAGAAGUAUAAACCAAAAAGGUGUCAGAGGUACCUAUUCUGACAUGGAUAUAGCCCUUGCGAAGCAAUGGAGGGAAUUCAGGGAUGGAUAUAUCUCCUGGCACCUUGAGUCCAGGAGAUACAAGCUGGAAUGUUUAAGGCCUAGCGACUUCUAUCAGCAAGCGUAG